GGCGCGCUCCGCGCAGUCGGGUGCGAUUGGUCACCCCUGGCGGAGCCGCACCUCGGACAGCAGCAGCGAAGGCAGCCUAGGGUCCUGCGUGGAGAGUGAGGCGCAACGGGGACUCGCGGGCGGAGGCUGCGCGUGGGGACCCAGCACGCGAAGACCCAGCACGAGAGCGACUCCGGGCACCAGUGAGAGGAGGCGGCGGCGCCGGGGCCGCGGCUGACAAGCGCUGAGACUUACCGUACGUGAGCUUCAAACAGAAGACACCGUAGAUCUGAAGGCUAAAAUGUGAAGACGACCUGACUGCUCUUCAUGCUCAAGAAACCCGGCGCAUCCUAAGUGCGGGAGACCGGGACUGUAAGUGAGGAGACACUGCUGCUACAAUGCCCCUGAGCCGUGCUGUGGGGUUUGAGCCAUGCAUCCAAAGGGACUGAAGGUCUAUAAGAAUAAAAAUUGUAGUCAAUGAGAGAGACAGAGGGACUGGGUCGUCAAACAGCAGCGUGCCUGCUGCCACACUGGCCACCAUGCGUAAAGGAGUGCUGAAGGACCCCGAGAUUGCCGAGCUGUUCUUCAAGGAGGACCCCGAAGAGCUCUUUAUCGACCUGCAUGAAAUCGGACAUGGCAGCUUUGGAGCCGUGUACUUCGCAACUAAUGCGCACACCAACGAGGUGGUUGCUAUUAAGAAAAUGUCCUACAGUGGGAAGCAGACCCACGAGAAAUGGCAAGAUAUCCUGAAGGAAGUUCGAUUCCUCCAGCAGCUGAAGCACCCGAACACCAUCGAGUACAAAGGCUGUUAUUUAAAGGAGCACACCGCUUGGUUGGUGAUGGAGUACUGCUUAGGUUCAGCCUCUGACUUGUUAGAAGUUCAUAAGAAACCACUUCAGGAAGUAGAGAUUGCUGCUAUCACCCAUGGUGCCUUGCAGGGGCUGGCCUACCUCCACUUUCACUCCCUGAUUCACAGGGACAUUAAAGCAGGGAAUAUCCUCCUCACAGAGCCAGGCCAGGUGAAGCUGGCUGACUUCGGGUCCGCUUCCAUGGCUUCUCCUGCCAACUCCUUCGUGGGGACUCCUUACUGGAUGGCCCCAGAGGUGAUCUUAGCCAUGGACGAAGGGCAGUACGACGGGAAAGUUGACAUCUGGUCACUCGGCAUCACCUGCAUAGAGCUGGCGGAGCGGAAGCCCCCCCUCUUCAACAUGAACGCCAUGAGCGCCCUCUACCACAUCGCUCAGAAUGACUCCCCCACGCUGCAGUCCAGAGAAUGGACAGACUCCUUCAGGAGAUUCGUUGAUUACUGCUUGCACAAAAUACCUCAGGAACGACCAGCCGCGGCGGAACUGUUGCGGCACGACUUCAUUCGGAGGGAGCGGCCGCCGAGGGUCCUCAUUGACCUCAUACAGAGGACGAAAGAUGCUGUCCGAGAGCUGGACAACCUGCAGUACAGGAAAAUGAAGAAGAUCCUCUUCCAGGAGACUCGGAACGGACCCCUGAACGAGUCACAAGAAGAGGAAGAAGACAGUGAGCAAGGAAGCAACCUGAACCGAGAGGUGGACAGUCUGGGGAGCAUCCACUCCAUCCCCAGCGUGUCAGUGAGCACGGGCAGCCGGAGCAGCAGCGUGAACAGCAUGCAGGAGGUCAUGGACGAGGGCAGCCCUGAGCUCGUCAUGAUGCAGGAGGAUGAAGGCACAGUCAACUCCAGCUCCUCUAUGGUACACAAGAAGGAUCAUGUAUUCGUAAGGGAUGAGGCGGGCCACGGCGAUCCCAGGCCUGAGCCGCGGCCUACCCAGUCAGUUCAGAGCCGGGCCCUCCACUAUCGGAACCGAGAGCGCUUUGCCACGAUCAAAUCCGCGUCUUUGGUUACACGGCAGAUCCACGAGCAUGAGCAGGAGAACGAGCUGCGGGAACAGAUGUCAGGUUAUAAGCGGAUGCGGCGCCAGCACCAGAAGCAGCUGAUCGCCCUGGAGAACAAGCUGAAGGCUGAGAUGGAUGAGCACCGCCUCAAGCUCCAGAAGGAGGUGGAGACGCAUGCCAACAACUCGUCCAUCGAGCUGGAGAAGCUGGCCAAGAAGCAAGUGGCUACCAUAGAAAAGGAGGCAAAGGUAGCCGCAGCGGAUGAGAAGAAGUUCCAGCAGCAGAUCCUGGCCCAGCAGAAGAAGGACUUGACAACUUUCUUAGAAAGUCAGAAGAAGCAGUACAAGAUUUGUAAGGAGAAAAUAAAAGAGGAAAUGAACGAGGACCAUAGCACACCCAAGAAGGAGAAGCAGGAGCGCAUAUCGAAGCAUAAAGAGAACCUGCAGCACACGCAGGCCGAGGAGGAAGCCCACCUGCUCACGCAACAGAGGCUGUACUACGACAGAAACUGCCGCUGCUUCAAGCGGAAAAUAAUGACCAAGCGCCACGAGGUGGAACAGCAGAACAUUCGGGAGGAACUAAAUAAAAAGAGGACCCAGAAAGAAAUGGAGCACGCCAUGCUGAUCCGGCAUGAUGAAUCCACCCGAGAGCUCGAGUACAGACAGCUGCACACACUGCAGAAGCUCCGCAUGGACCUGAUCCGGUUACAGCACCAGACUGAGCUGGAGAACCAGCUGGAGUACAAUAAGAGGCGGGAGCGGGAGCUGCACCGGAAGCACGUCAUGGAGCUUCGGCAACAGCCGAAAAACUUAAAGGCCAUGGAAAUGCAAAUUAAAAAGCAGUUUCAGGACACUUGCAAAGUACAGACCAAACAGUACAAAGCACUCAAAAACCACCAGUUGGAAGUCACUCCAAAGAAUGAGCACAAAGCAAUCCUAAAGACACUGAAGGAGGAGCAGACGAGGAAGCUGGCCAUCUUGGCCGAGCAGUAUGAACAGAGUAUAAACGAGAUGAUGGCCUCUCAAGCGUUACGGCUAGACGAGGCGCAAGAGGCAGAAUGCCAGGCCUUGAGACUACAGCUCCAGCAGGAGAUGGAGCUGCUCAACGCCUACCAGAGCAAAAUCAAGAUGCAAACGGAGGCCCAGCACGAGCGCGAGCUGCAGAAGCUAGAGCAGAGGGUGUCCCUGCGCAGAGCGCAUCUUGAGCAGAAGAUUGAAGAGGAGCUGGCCGCCCUGCAGAAGGAACGCAGUGAGAGGAUCAAGACUCUCCUGGAAAGACAAGAGCGAGAGACCGAGACUUUUGACAUGGAGAGCCUCAGAAUGGGGUUUGGGAAUUUGGUGACAUUAGAUUUUCCUAAGGAGGACUAUAGAUGAGAUUAAAUUUUUUUGCCAUUUACAAAAAAAAAAUGAAAAAAGAAAACAAAAAAAUUCAGACCCUGCGAAACUACAUUCCCCAUCUUAACGGGCGCUGCUCUCACUUCACACUGUCUCCCUCUCUUCCUCUCUUCUCUCUCUCUCUCUCUCUCUCUCUCUCUCUCUCUCUCUCUCUCUCCCCUCCCUCCCUCCCUCCCUCCCCAACCUUCCCUCUCCUCUUUCCCCCCUCUCUCUCCUCUCUCUUCUCUCCCUCUCCCUGUCUCCCUCUCUCCCUCUUCUCUCUCCCCCUCUCCCUUCCCCCUCUCCUCUCUCCCUCCCUCUUCUCUCCCUCCCCCUUCUCUCCUUCCCUUCCUCCUCUCCCUCUCUCUCUCUCACUUCCCCUCUCUCCUCCCUCUCUCUUCCCCCUCUCUCCCUCUCUCUCCCUCCUCUACCCCCUCUCUUCCUCCCUCUCUUCCCCCCUCUCUCCCUCUUUCUUUCUCUCUCCCCCUCUCUCUCCCCCUCUCUCUCUCUUCCUCUCUUUCUCUCUCUCUCCCCCUCCCCCCUACCCUUUCUCUCUUCCCUCCCCCUCUCUCUCCCUGACACCGUGUUGCACUAGUGCCUGUUGAUUCUUACUCCAUCAGGGGCCCUUUCCUCCCCCCGUGUCAACUUUCAGUGCUGGCCGAGACCCGGCCGCCCCUGCCGUCCACCACCUGCAUCGCGGUGCUGAUGCGGUUCGGAUGUUCUGCUGAAAACCUCGGAGGUGGUUUUAGGGUCUGUCAACCAACAAACGGCGAUGGAACACAGAUGGAUGUUGCUUUGAGCAAUCCCUCGUUGUCACCAACCAGUGAAAGUAAAGCAAAAAAAACCGAAAACAAGCAAAUACCUAAAGAAACCUAAAUAACAAACACAUGGCAAGGGGGAGAGAGACACAAUCCGCAGCCUUACACCUUAACCAGCUGCUGCAUAACUUUAUUUUAUUUUAUUUUUUUGGUAUUUAUUCAUCAGGAAUUAAAAAAACAAAGUUUUAUUAAAGAUUGAAAAUUUGAUACAUUUUACAGGAACUAAUUGUGAUGUACAUAUGAAGUGGUAACAUUAUUACUAUUUUGGGGCCGGGGUGGGUGGGUGGGGUGAAGAGAUCUCGUGGUUUUUAAGAACCUGCCGGCAAGAGUUUGCCUUGCCGUCAGCCUGGUCUACUGUAUCCCAGCAUCCUCUGCUGUUGCAGACGGUGCGAGUACACUUAAGGAGCUCACAGAAUCCCAGUAGCACAAAAUUGGGCUUUGGCAAAUCAUGUAUUUUGUGUAUAGAGGGAAUCUAAGGAGAGGAAUUGCUUAUUUUCAUAUUGUAUUUUAACUGUUUCUCUGAUCAAAAUUUUUUUACUUCCUCCUCCUGUUCCUCCCCGCCCCCACGCCCACCUCCCGCUUCAGUCUCUGGAGUUCAAUGUCUUCUCUGUCCAAUCAUCUGUUUAUUUCUCCUUCCCCUACCCACGCUCCCUAUCUGUGGUCAUAAAUACUGCAUUAUUCAUCCUUUCAAACUGUGUAUUUUCUUACAAUAAAAAAUGAUGAAGAGAAAAAGGCUUCACUCCUUUUGCAUGCACUUAAAAAAAAAACUUAAAAAAGAAAACAUUUUUCAGGUUCCGAGGAAGAGCAUGAUUAACUGUCAGGGCUUUUAAUUAUAUUUGUAAAUAAAAGUGUUCGUCACAUC